AUGUUUUCAAAUUAAAGCAAAAACACAAUUGUAAAUUUGAUUAAAGAUGUUGUGAAAGGAGAAAAAGAAGUAGAAAUCUUAAAGCAAAGUUUAAUUCUUCAAAUAAGUGACAAUAAUGUAAGUUAUUAAACAUGCUUUUUACAUGUUAAUAUAAUUUAAUUAAUAUUAGUUAGCUUAUGAGAAAGAUAGAAUUACUAGAAAUGACCUAGAGGUAUUUUUAUAAAAUUAAUAAAUACGAUUUGAUGUGAGAGAAAUAUCACUUUUAAAAUAUACUACUUAUUAAGAGUAAAAAUAAUAAUUAAUAAUCUUAUAGUUUUUUAGAUUUGAUGCUUCCAAAUAAUUAGAUAUUUUUGAAGCAAUAUUAAUAAAAGCAAAUGAAUUAUAAUAAUCCAAAUUCAGAUAUACUUAAUUUGAUAGGAAAAGUAUUGGGGAAAAACAUAGAGAUAAUUCGAAAAAUCUAAGCAUAUUUAGAUUCAUUGAUAUUAAGAUUUGAUAAGAGUUCAUUAUUAAAUUUUUUAUGUCCAUAAUCAGAGAAAAAUACACCAGUUUUUUUAUAGUUGUUAAAAAACUUAAAUUUAGAUAUAAGUUUUGAAGAUGUUAUUUGUGCAAUGAGAAGAUUAGAUAAAGAUUAAGAUUCAGAUGUAAAUAGAUUUGAUUGGGAAGAGAUAUUAAAAUGUCCAAAACCACCUAAAAGUAAUUAAGGUUCAAUUGGAAAUCUAUAAAAAUAAAUUAUCAAAUAAUAAAGUUCAAAAUCAAUUCAUAGAAGUGAAUCAAGAUAAAAAACAGAUUAAGAAAAUAUUAAUUCAAAUAGAAAUGUUCAUUUUUCAUUGAUGAAAUCUUCUACUAAAUCUUUAAAAAAGCAAACUAGUUUAAUUGAAGAAUAAAUAUUAGAGUUUUAAUUGCAUUUAAUAACAAUAGGAAAAUUAAAUGAAGAAGUAGAUUAAAUAAAAUUAGAAGUAUUUAAUAAUUUAUAUUAAGUUAUUAGUUAUCAAGCAGAGCAGAUUAUUCAAUAUCUUAAGCUUUUUCAUUUUUUGAUCUUGAUGUAGAUGGUUCAAUAGGAUUGUAAGACUUAAAACUUGGAUUUUUAUAAUUAGGAAUUGAUGUUAAUGAUUUCAUAAUUAGAUCAUUACUACAUAAUUAUUCAACUCAUCAUUCUUAAACUUAAUGGGAGUAAGAAAAUAGUGUUAAUAAUUAGUUUUACUGAUUUUUAAUCAUUAUUUCCAGAAAGUAAAUAAACUUUAAAUAGUUACAAUGGAUAAUUUACUUAUGAAACAAAAAAAAUAAUGAAAAUGCUGAUUUAUAAAUAUUUGGAAAUAAUUAAAUAUAGAAAAGAAUCAACAUAAUAAUUGGCAUUAGAUAUAAAGAAUAUUGAUAUAAUAUUUAAUUUCAUUGAUUUGGAUUAAGAUGGCAUAAUAACUUAAGAUGAUUUUAAAGUGUUAGAUUUAAAAAGUAAACAUGUUUUACUAUUCUUUUAAUCAUUUAAAGAUUAUCCUUACUAAAUAACUUAUAAAUAAUUUUAGAAGUAUUUUAUUUGA